GAGAAGCAGCCUGGAGGAGGCUGACAACCAACAGCACCACCCUCUCCUCCUGGCUUCACUUCUGCAGGGUGCAGGGGGCUACAAGGUGGCAGCUGCCAUUGCUGCGCCUUGAGAGAAGUACGAGUGCGCGCGGUGCUUGGCUCCGAGGGAAGUUGGCGCGCACUUUUACGCACUGCCCUGCCUCGUCUCCGCGGAGGAUGUGAGCUCGUCUACACGUGGCGGUUAAGAAUAAAAAGGGAGAAAAGAUGCACGCCACUGAGUUGCUGCUGCUGGCUUAUUUCCUCGCCAAAGUGAGCGCGGCAGGCGAACCCCCAGACGAGCUGCUGCUGGUAAACGGAUACAACGAGUCGACGGGAGCCACGACGAGCAGCGCCACAGAGAGCCCGCACAUGGAGGACAAGUGCAGCGGCUACUACGACGUCAUGGGCCAGUGGGACCCGCCGUUCGUGUGCCAGACGGGCAACUACCUGUACUGCUGCGGCACCUGCGGGUUCCGCUUCUGCUGCGCCUUCCGCAGCUCCCGCCUGGACCAGACCACCUGCAAGAACUACGACACGCCACCGUGGAUGAUGACCGGCAGGCCGCCGUCCAAAGUGGACGUGGCGACGGACAACGUCAAGGACAAGAACAACCUCAUCGUUUAUGUCAUCUGCGGGCUGGUGGCCAUCAUGGCUCUGAUCGGCAUCUUCACCAAGCUGGGGCUGGAGAAGACGCAGCGUCCAAACAGAGAGAACAUGUCCAGGGCUAUGGCACAAGUGAUUCGGCAUCCCACUUCGGAACAUACGGAUGAGAUGAGCUUGGGCCUCCAUUAUGAGAACAUACAAACCAGAAUGGCCAUCAACAGCUUCCACAGCCCCCAGAUGAACAACGCAACGCCAGCAUCGCCUGUGCUAACAGAACCCUACACAAUCCUGGAACCGAUCAGCAGCCCUUACGAGCCCCAAACGUCCAUCCAGGACCUCAACAAGUACGCCACGCUCAAGGCUGUCGCAGAAAAAGCCAAUGAAAGCUUCUACACCAACCGCCGGCACGUGAUCGAGAUGACAGCCAAGGGCAGCCUCCCAAUGGAACCUAUGGACACCGAGUCAGAACCGUGCAAUCCCUACAGCCCACUCAGACAGACGUCGACCAAGCAGGGUGGACGCAAACACAAGAGUCCUAAGAGCCACAGUUCCCACUCGCUGUCUUACGCCUGCGCCACUUUAGCCAGCCCGGCGGCCAUGUUGAGGCCGUGGGAAAGCAAUGACACGCUGGGACUGAGGCACAACUACGGCCAAAAGACACUCUCCGCCGUGGAAAAGGAGCUUCACAACAGUCGCUACCUGCCUCCGCAGCCAUACUUUGUGACCAACAGCAAGACAGAGGUGACGGUGUGACAGGAACGGUUGAAAACAAAUGCGUGCGUUGGUGUCUAAUAUGACUAUGGAGGGGUAAACAUGCACUUGUGUGCAUGCUACGGACGAGGAGGUCUUGGAUCGCCGUUCCUGCACAACAGAGUUCAUAUAUCGCUAUCCAUAUGCGUAUUAUCCUAUAAUAUCAAAACACAAAUGCCAACUAAACCAUAUAAACACAAAGCACUGUUUAUUAAUGAAUCAUAAAGGAAACACAAAGAGCACAGACAAUCAGCACCAGGGAUGGUCAAAAUAGUUGAUUGAUGGUUAAGAAUAAUGCUGAUCGAAUUCAUUAUUGGUUUAUCGUGUCUUGAAGCAAUGGCUGCAAAAAAUGAAGUGCACUACUUGGCUGUAACCAGCAGGGGCGCCGUUGCUGAUUCAGUCUAAACUAGUCUGCUGUCUUAAGGCUGAGUACAUGCAUACUUGCCAACCCUCCCCAUUUUCCCGGGAGACUCCCGAAUUUCAGUGCCCCUCCCGAAAAUCUCCCGGGGCAACCAUUCUCCCGAAUUUCCACCCGGACAACAAUAUUGGGGGCGUGCCUUAAAGGCACUGCCUUUAGCGUCCUCUCUCACCUGAAAAGGAGACUAUUGUACCGUAUUUUUCGGAGUAUAAGUCGCACCGGCCGAAAAUGCAUAAUAAAGAAGGAAAAAAACAUAUAUACACUACCGUUCAAAAGUUUGGGGUCACAUUAAAAUGUCCUUAUUUUUCAAUGAAGAUAACUUUAAACUAGUCUUAACUUUAAAGAAAUACACUCUAUACAUUGCUAAUGUGGUAAAUGACUAUUCUAGCUGCAAAUGUCUGGUUUUUGGUGCAAUAUCUACAUAGGUGUAUAAAGGCCCAUUUCCAGCAACUUUCACUCCAGUGUUCUAAUGGUACAAUGUGUUUGCUCAUUGGCUCAGAAGGCUAAUUGAUGAUUAGAAAACCCUUGUGCAAUCAUGUUCACACAUCUGAAAACAGUUUAGCUCGUUACAGAAGCUACAAAACCGACCUUCCUUUGAGCAGAUUGAGUUUCUGGAGCAUCACAUUUGUGGGGUCAAUUAAACGCUCAAAAUGGCCAGAAAAAGAGAACUUUCAUCUGAAACUCGACAGUCUAUUCUUGUUCUUAGAAAUGAAGGCUAUUCCACAAAAUUGUUUGGGUGACCCCAAACUUUUGAACGGUAGUGUAAGUCGCACUGGAGUAUAAGUCGCAUUUUUUGGGGAAAUGUAUUUGAUAAAAGCCAACACCAAGAAUAGACAUUUGAAAGGCAAUUUAAAAUAAAUAAAGAAUAGUGAACAACAGAAUGAAUAAGUGUACGUUAUAUGAGGCAUAAAUAACCAACUGAGAACGUGCCUGGUAUGUUAACGUAACAUAUUAUGGUAAGAGUCAUUCAAAUAACUAGAACAUAUAGAACAUGCUUUACGUUUACCAAACAAUCUGUCACUCCUAAUCGCUAAAUCCCAUGAAAUCUUAUACGUCUAGUCCAGUGGUUCUUAACCUGGGUUCGAUCGAAUUCUAGGGGUUCGGUGAGUCUGCCUCAGGGGUUCGGCGGAGCUUCUGCCGUGGAGGUCAAGACAAAACCGACUCAUCGUGUAAAUAAAAACGUCUCCCUAUUGGCGUAUUAUGGAUACCCCCGAACAAUGUUCCCUCUAAUUUUCCAUCUGAUUUGCAGGUGUGUCAUUUGUUGUGAGUUUAUGCACUGUGUUGGUUUUGUUCUUUGAACAAGGUGAUGUUCAUGCACGGUUCAUUUUGUGCGCCAGUAAAAAAAACAUAACUUUGUCUUGAAUUGGAAAAACUUUUUUUUUAAUUUUUCACUGGAGAAGGGUUCGGUGAAUGCGCAUAUGAAACUGGUGGGGUUCGGUACCUCCAACAAGGUUAAGAACCACUGCUCUAGUCUCUUACGUGAAUGAGCUAAAUAAUAUUAUUUGAUAUUUUACGGUAAUGUGUUAAUAAUUUCACACAUCAGUCGCUCCUGAGUAUAAGUCGCACCCCCGGCCAAACUAUGAAAAAAACUGCGACUUAUAGUCCGAAAAAUACGGUAUAUGUCUCCGUUAUCCAUAGGUUUAUAUAUAACCCAUAAAGUAGGCAGGCACGGAACUAUUUCUCAGCGCGUGUUUAUUCCAGCCGGCACGUUAAUACACUGACACACAACAUCCAGAUUCCGAUCAUGCAUUGCUUCAAAACUACGGCAAGUAGUAAUGUCCCAAAACAUAACAGAGACGAAGCAGAAGAACGAAGAAGAGACAUGGCGACGACGAGUAAGAAGAAGUACGCUUGCAAGUUCCAAAAUGAUUGGAAAAAAUAAUUUCAGUUCAUCCAGGACAACUCGAAGGGGAAGGGGUAUGCUGCCUGCACAUUUUGUAGAUCAGACUUCUCCAUUGAACACGGUGGCCGAACUGAUAUACUCAUUCAUGAACGUAUU